CCCGCCCCGGCUCGCCCUGGAGACCGGCGUGCGAGGACCCGACCGGAGGUGGCCUCACUCCCUGCUGCGGGUGCUGCUCAUCCUCCCCUCUUCCCGAGUGCGGCGGCCCGGCGGUCUGAGAGUGCGUGCUUCCCUCCCGCACGCACAGCUUGCGCUCGGCGGGGUAGGGUACACCGCCGGGGAUUGAGGAUGGGGGAGUAGCUGCAGGAGGCGAUCCCGCAACACCGAGAGGGAUUAGAAAUGAGCCAAAGACCACAGAUUAACACUUGGGAGAAAGUUUCGUGAUGUUCAAGUCACCAUUGGAGUAAUGUGGACAGAAGUUCUCAAAGUUGCAUAUUACAUCGGCUGGAACUCGUGGUGUAUCUUGAUGUUCACUUAAAUCAGAUCUCGUAUAAGAAAAAGAAUGGGUGUCUGGUUAAAUAAAGAUGACUAUGUCAGAGACUUGAAAAGGGUCAUUCUUUGUUUUCUAAUAGUGUCCAUGGCCAUUUUUGUCGGCACAGAUCAGGAUUUUUACAGUUUACUUGGCGUAUCCAAAACUGCAAGCAGUAGAGAAAUUAGACAAGCUUUCAAGAAAUUGGCAUUGAAGCUUCAUCCUGAUAAAAACCCGAAUAACCCAAAUGCACAUAGUGAAUUUUUAAAAAUAAAUAGAGCAUAUGAAGUACUCAAAGAUGAAGAUCUGCGGAAAAAGUAUGACAAAUACGGAGAAAAGGGACUUGCAGAUAAUCAAGAAGGAGGCCAGUAUGAAAGCUGGAAUUAUUAUCGUUAUGAUUUUGGUAUUUAUGAUGAUGAUCCUGAAAUCAUAACAUUGGAUAGAAGAGAAUUUGAUGCUGCUGUUAAUUCUGGAGAACUGUGGUUUGUGAACUUUUACUCUCCAGGAUGCUCACACUGCCAUGACUUAGCUCCCACGUGGAGAGACUUUGCUAAAGAAGUGGAUGGAUUACUUCGAAUUGGAGCCGUUAACUGUGGUGAUGAUAGAAUGCUUUGCCGAAUGAAAGGCGUCAAUAGUUAUCCCAGCCUCUUCAUUUUUAGGUCUGGAAUGGCUGCAGUGAAAUACCAUGGUGACAGAUCAAAGGAAAGUUUAGUGAGUUUCGCCAUGCAGCAUGUUAGAAGUACAGUGACAGAAUUAUGGACAGGAAAUUUUGUGAACGCCAUACAAACUGCUUUUGCUGCUGGUAUUGGCUGGCUGAUCACUUUUUGUUCCAAAGGAGGAGAUUGUUUGACUUCACAGACACGUCUUAGGCUUAGUGGCAUGUUGGAUGGUCUUGUUAAUGUAGGAUGGAUGGACUGUGCCACCCAGGACAGCCUCUGUACAAGUCUGGAUAUUACAACAAGUACUACUGCCUAUUUUCCUCCUGGAGCCACUUUAAAUAAUAAAGAAAAAAGCAAUAUUUUGUUUCUUAAUUCAUUGGAUGCUAAAGAAAUAUAUUUGGAAAUAAUGCAUAACCUUCCAGAUUUUGAACUACUUUCGGCAAACACACUAGAGGAUCGAUUGGCUCAUCAUCGGUGGCUCGUAUUUUUCCAUUUUGGAAAAAAUGAAAAUUCAAAUGAUCCUGAAUUGAAGAAACUAAAAAGUCUCCUUAAAAAUGAACAUAUUCAAAUUGGCAAGUUUGACUGUUCCUCUGCACCAGACAUCUGUAGUAAUAUCUAUGUUUUUCAGCCAUGUCUAGCAGUAUUUAAAGGACAAGGAACCAAAGAAUAUGAAAUUCACCAUGGAAAGAAGAUUCUGUAUGAUAUACUUGCCUUUGCCAAAGAAAGUGUUCAUUCUCAUGUUACCACACUUGGACCUCAAAAUUUUCCUGCCAAUGACAAAGAACCGUGGCUUGUUGAUUUUUUUGCCCCUUGGUGUCCACCAUGUCGAGCUUUAUUGCCAGAGUUACGAAAAGCAUCAAAGCAUCUUUAUGGUCAGCUUAAGUUUGGUACAUUAGAUUGUACAGUUCAUGAGGGACUCUGUAACAUGUAUAACAUUCAAGCUUAUCCAACGACAGUGGUGUUCAACCAGUCCAACAUUCAUGAAUAUGAAGGACAUCACUCUGCUGAACAGAUCUUGGAGUUCAUUGAGGAUCUGAUGAAUCCUUCAGUGAUCACCCUGACACCCACCACUUUCAGUGAACUAGUUAAACAAAGAAAACAUGAUGAAGUCUGGAUGGUUGAUUUCUAUUCUCCAUGGUGUCAUCCAUGUCAAGUUUUAAUGCCAGAAUGGAAAAGAAUGGCCCGGACACUAACUGGACUGAUCAAUGUGGGCAGCAUAGAUUGCCAACAGUAUCAUUCUUUUUGUGCUGAAGAAAAUGUUCGGAGAUACCCUGAGAUAAGAUUUUUUCCCCCAAAAUCAAAUAAAGCUUAUCAAUAUCAUAGUUACAGUGGUUGGAAUAGGGAUGCCUAUUCCCUAAGAAUCUGGGGUCUAGGAUUUUUACCUCAAGCAUCCAUAGAUCUCACACCGCAGACCUUCAAUGAAAAAGUUUUACAAGGGAAAAAUCAUUGGGUGGUUGAUUUCUAUGCUCCUUGGUGUGGACCUUGCCAAAAUUUUGCUCCAGAGUUUGAGCUCCUGGCUCGGAUGAUUAAAGGAAAAGUGAAAGCUGGAAAAGUAGACUGUCAGGCUCAUGCUCAAAUAUGUCACAAAGCUGGUAUCAGAGCCUAUCCAACCGUUAAAUUUUAUCCCUACGAAAGAGCAAAGAGAACUAUUUGGGGAGAGCAAAUAGAUACCAGAGAUGCAAAAGAGAUUGCUACCUUAAUACAUGAAAAAUUGGAAAAUCUCCAAAAACACGGAAAGAGAAAUAAGGAUGAACUUUAAUGAUAUUGAAGAUGAAGAAAAAACUGAAAAAUUCUGACAGACAUCUUGUUUUAGACUGUUACUACAUUCUUGAUAGGAAUAAAUGAACAUUAUAUUGGA